AUGCCGUCAGCAAACCAACCACCUCCACUCGCGGACGUACGCGUCCUCGAGUUUGCAGGACUGGCCCCAGGCCCCUUCGCGGGCAUGCUCCUAGCAGACUACGGCGCCACAGUCCUCCGCCUCGACCGCGCACCCUCAGCCCCAUCCUCCGAUCAAUUAACGCGGCGCAAAACCUCGAUAUGCGUGAACCUCAAAUCGCCCGCGGGCCUCGCCCUCAUCAAGAAGAUCAUCCCUCAAGUCGACGUGGUAAUCGAUCCCUUCCGGCCUGGCGUCCUCGAGAAAGCCGGGCUCGACCCUGAAACGGUGCUGUUGAGGUUGAACAAGCGAUUGAUUGUAGCUCGCAUGACGGGCUUCCGUCGGGAUGGCAAAUACAGUCAAAUGGCAGGGCACGAUAUCAACUACAUUGCUGUAUCCGGCGUGUUGAGCAUGUUUGGCAGAAAAGGGGAAAAACCGUAUGCGCCUGGCAAUCUCGUGGGAGAUUUUGCGGGAGGCGGCGCAAUGUGUUUCAUGGGUAUAUUGCUUGCGCUGCUGGCGAGAGAAAGGAGUGGCUAUGGACAGGUUGUCGAGGCGAACAUGGUUGACGGGAGUGCGAUAUUGGCGACUAUGCCAAGGUUGGGAUUGAAGACAGAGGUCUGGAAGAGGGAGAGGGGCACGAAUAUGCUAGAUGGUGGAGCGCCAUUCUACGAUACGUAUGAGACAAAGGAUGGAAAGUACAUGGCAGUAGGCGCUAUUGAACCCCAGUUCUACGCCGCUUUACUCAAGGGCAUGGGCCUGGAGCCGUCGGAUCUACCUGGUAAUAGGGACGACAGGGCGGACUGGCCAAAGUUGAAGGACUUCUUCGCCGCCGAGUUCAAGAAGAAAACGCGCCAGGAAUGGGAGGCCAUCUUCGACGGAACAGAUGCAUGCUGCACGCCCGUGCUGACGCAGGGUGAACUCGAGACCCAGGGCUUCGAUCAACGGCCGGCUGUAACUCUCAAGUCCUCACCUGGAUAUGCGAUACACGACGGUCAUGAUGGGAGGUCGGCAGCAGAGGGCCAGGGUAUAGGAAUGGAUGGCAGUGGAUGGAGCGAGAAGGGCUUGAAGCCUGGCAGCGGGGGCGAAGAUACAUUGACCACGUGGAUGGGAUGGACCAAGGGAAGACAUUAUAUCGAAGACCAAGGGGGCUUGGUUUGGAAGGACUCUGCAAGGUUAUAG